AUGACUGACGAAUAUGCCAACCUCUCAGUGUCCACCACCACCACUUCGGAACCACACGACCUCCACUCUAAAACAACCUCCACAAGUCCCAUGUCACCAUCAUCUUCACCUCAUUCUCCCUCUGUUGUGGUCACUAGACAUUCCUUCCAAUCCUAUCAUCAACUUGUAAAAUCAUUCUUCACAAGAGGAAGUGAUAGGGAACAAUUGCUGAAUCCAUUCGAUGUUACUCUCUUUCAUAAAUCAUCUCUGGGUAAAUUAAUGUUAAUUUCCGACUAUUCGAAUCAUAGAGUAAUGAUUUGCAAGGCAGAGGAUGGAGCUUUUGUGAGUGAGAUUCAUGUGAAACAUCCACAUGGAAUUUGUGUGGAUGAAGUUAAAGGAGAGUUGUUGGCCACCGACUGUAACGAUCAUCUCAUCAAGGUUUUCAGAAUUGAAACUGGACAAUAUGUGAGAAAUAUUGGAAAGGGUUGUGGAACACAAAAUGGUCAAUUUAAUGCACCAUCUGCAAUUUGUUUAGAUUUAAAGAAUGAUUGCAUGUUUGUUAGUGAUUAUGGAAAUAAUAGAAUUCAAAAGUUUAAAUAUUCAACAGGUGAAUUUAUUAAAAGUUUUGGAAAUACUCCAAACAAACAUGUAAUUACCAAUGAGGCAGUAAUUGUCGAGGAGAAUCAAUCAUUGAAGAAUAAGGAAAGGACAAUCUUGGACAAGCCAUGGGGAUUAUCAUUGGAUAAAAUUGAAGCUUCUGGAAUAAUUCAUCAUGUGCUCUACGUUUGCGAUACAAAGAAUAAUUGCAUUAGAUUAUUCGAUUCAACAAAUGGAAACUUUAUUGGAAAUGCAAUUUCAAAUGCCAAGACUGUGACUAGUCAUUUAUCAAAUGCCACACCAUUUCUUAAAACUCCAUACGCUGUCAUUGUUGAUGGCAAUCGUUUAUUGAUUUCAGAUAGUGGAAAUCAUUGUGUUAAAAUUUUCACAAAGCCACGAUUGACCAUGGCCGAUCCAAACACAUUGACCAUCCUCAAAGAGGGUUACUAUGUCGACAGUAUUGGACGACAUAAUUACAUCUACGAAGAGGUUCCAUCCUUCAUUCAAAAUAUUAAGGAAUUUCCAAUAGAAUUUAGCCAUAAUGUAGGUAUGGCUUUGGAUUCCUUCAAAGGAGAAUUAUAUGUGAGCGAUUGUUCCAAUCACAGAAUUCAAAUCAUUAAAUAA